CGUGAGCAGACACUGGCAGCGAUGGAGAGUCUGAGGCAGGAACAUGGAAAGGACGAGAAUCCGCUGAAAGAGCUCCAGGCCACGGUCACGCAUCUCCAAAGGGAAUACGAGUACCUCAGCUCUGUUACCGGGAAUCUCCAGGGCGACUGGCAGAAGGAGAAGAAAUAUGCCAAGGCUCUGCUCAAGACCCUGCGGAAGCUGGAGAAGGACAAAGCGGACAAGGAGGAUGUGAUGCAUGAAAUCGCUGAGAAAGCAGACAAAUCCUCCCUGGCCAGCAAAGUCAGCCAGGACCACUUGGAAGGCAUUCUGGAGCAGCUACGAGAGAAGUGGGAGAAGAUGGAGAGCCAGCAGGUGGCCAAGGAGCAGGACUUGCAAGAGAUGCAGCAACGGCUCACGGAAGCGGUGGACGCCAAGCUGGACCGCCAGGAGCUGGGGCCUCUCAAGCAGCAGCUGGCCCGGUUGAAGACCGGUCUGGAAGAGCUGAAGGAGAAGGGGACGCAGCCCGAUGCUGCAGCUGGGAUUAAGUAUCCCCAAGGCCAUUGCCAUUGCCUGUCUUGUGACCGGGUCCUCAGCGCGCCGGUGACUGGCCCGCCUGUCGCGGCCCUUCCAUUGUUGCCACCGAUGCCCAGUCGCGUCACCAGCCACGGCCAGAAGGAAACCCAGCAGCACGGCCAAAGGAAAGGGGCAGCUGACUACAAGUUUCCCUGUGUGCCGCGGAGCUCCGGAGGACUCCACACCAUCACCUACCCGCUGAGGCACAAGCCCAAGCCACCCAGCGGCCCACCGCCAAUCCAGUAUGAGGAGACAGCGCUGUUGGGCCGGGAUGGCCGCAUCUACCGGGGCCAACGGAGGAGGCAGCAGCCUGUGCUCGACGGCAACGAGGGUACGGCCAGGCCAGGCUUGUGCCAGGAGCCCCAGGGUGUGACGGGCUUCUGCGUCAUGGCCCACGCCGUGCUCCUUCAAGAGAAACUGCCGAAGCACACCUCUCCCAGCCACUAGGCCUCCCAGGCCUGUGGAACUCAGCCAGCU